UGUGCAGGCAGCUGUGGACGACAGAAAGGUGGUACCCAAGUGUCGGUGUUUAUUAUCUGGGAUCGGACUCCGGAGGCGCGUCGCUGAGGUAUGGGCUGCGCUCCCAGUAUCCACGUCUCUCAGAGCGGGGUGAUCUACUGCCGAGACUCAGACGAAUCCAACUCCCCCCACCAGACCACCACCAUCUCUCAGGGCACCGCGGCCACGCUACAUGGGCUCUUCAUCAAAACCGAUGCGGCCGAGACCAUCCCCUCUGUCAUCACCUACCAGAACCGGCACUCGCGCAACAACUCGUACCGGGAUCGCAAGGAGAACAGCGGUGGACACAUCCGCAUCGAGGCCGAGACGCAGACCAGCCACACCAGCGUCAAGGUUUCAGCUACAGAAGAAUGUGUAGGACCUAUGAGACUGACUCAAGAGCCAAUUCAGGUCCUGCUAGUGUUCGCCAAGGAGGACAGCCAAAGUGAUGCCUUCUGGUGGGCCUGCGACCGUGCUGGGUUCAGGUGUAACAUCGCACGGACGCCCGAGUCUGCCGUUGAGUGUUUCCUGGACAAGCACCAUGAGAUUAUAGUCAUUGAUGGACGCCACUCACGCUACUUUGAGCCUGAGGCUGUAUGCCGGCUGAUCCGCGCCACAAAGCCCUCUGAAAACACAGUUGUUCUUGCCGUUGUGCCACAAAAACCUGCUGAUCAGGACGAGCCAUCUGUCCUUCCUCUCCUCUGUGCUGGAUUUAGCAGAAGGUUUGUGGAGAACAGCAGUGUGUCAGCCUGCUAUAAUGAGCUCGUACAGAUUGAACACGGAGAGGUGCGCUGCCAGUUCAAACUCAGGGCUUGUAACGCGGUCUUCACAGCUUUGGAGCACUGCCAAGAGGCGGUGGAGAUCACCAGUGAGGACCACAUAAUACAGUACGUGAACCCAGCGUUCGAGCGGAUGAUGGGCUACCACAAGGGGGAGUUGAUCGGGAAGGAAUUGACAGAGCUCCCCAAGAGUGACAAGAACAGAGCUGACCUGCUGGACACAAUCAACACCUGUAUCAAAAAAGGAAAGGAAUGGCAGGGUAUUUAUUAUGCCAGAAAGAAGUCAGGCGACAGUAUACAACAGCAAGUGAAGAUAACACCUGUCAUUGGCCAAGGAGGGAAGAUUCGACAUUUUGUAGCCAUCAAGAGAGCUCAUGUUGACAACAAUAAUCAGGUCCACAAGUUCAACAAGGAGGAGAGAUGCAGCGGGGAGCAUUCUCAGUCAGAGUGCCAUUCUCUACGCCACCGGGACAGGAGGAAAGAUUCAGUUGAUGCCAGAUCGCUCAGCUCUCGUGGUAGUGACGCUCCCAGUUUACAGAAUCGAAGAUAUUCCUCUAUCGCCAGGAUUCACUCCAUGACUAUCGAGGCUCCCAUCACCAAGGUAAUAAACAUCAUCAACGCAGCCCAGGAGAACAGUCCAGUAACAGUAGCCGAGGCACUGGAUCGUGUGUUGGAGAUCCUGAGAACCACCGAGCUCUACUCCCCUCAGCUCGCCUCCAAAGAAGAUGACCCCCACACCAACGACCUGGUUGGGGGGCUCAUGAAUGAUGGGCUGCGUAGACUCUCUGGGAAUGAAUAUGUCUUCUGCAAAAAUAUGAGCCAGAGCCAGCUGGCCAUCCCAAUCACUCUGAAUGACGUCCCUCCACCCAUUGCUGAGAUGCUGAAUGAUGAGGAGUGCUGGGAGUUCAACAUCCUGGAGCUGGAGGCAGCUACACACAAGAGACCGCUGACUUACCUCGGACUGAAGAUCUUCACGAGUUUCGGUGUGUGUGAGUUCCUGAACUGCUCGGAGGCCACGCUGCGCUCCUGGCUGCAGGUCAUUGAGGCCAGCUACCACUCUUCAAACUCCUACCACAACUCCACACAUGCCGCAGACGUGCUGCACGCUACAGCCUACUUCCUACGCAAAGAGAGAGUCAAGAGCAGUCUGGAUCAGCUGGAUGAAGUGGCGGCACUGAUAGCAGCCACAGUGCACGAUGUGGACCACCCAGGCAGGACAAACUCCUUCCUGUGUAACGCCGGUAGUGAACUGGCGAUCCUCUACAAUGACACAGCUGUGCUGGAGAGCCACCACGCAGCCCUCGCCUUCCAGCUCACUGUCCGAGACAGCAAGAGCAACAUCUUCAAGAACACAGACAGAAAUCAGUUCCGAACACUGCGACAGGCAAUUAUUGACAUGGUGCUGGCUACAGAGAUGACCAGACACUUUGAGCACGUCAGCAAGUUUGUCAACAGCAUCAACAAGCCGAUGGCUGCCAUAGAGGAGACCAGUAGCAUGAACAGCGACUGCGAGGGUCAGGCCAACAUCAGAAACUCUCCAGAGAACCGUUUGCUGAUAAAGAGGAUGUUGAUCAAGUGUGCAGAUGUGGCAAAUCCCUGCAGACCGCUCGAGCUCUGCAUCGAGUGGGCUGGACGGAUCUCUGAGGAGUAUUUUGCACAGACAGAUGAGGAAAAGAGACAAGGGCUGCCGGUGGUGAUGCCAGUGUUUGACAGGAACACCUGCAGCGUGCCCAAAUCUCAGAUCUCCUUCAUAGACUACUUCAUCACUGAUAUGUUUGACGCCUGGGAUGCCUUCGCCUGCCUACCUGGUCUCAUGGAACACCUGUCGGAGAAUUACAAGUACUGGAAGAGCCUGGAUGAGAUGAAGUGUAAGAGCCUGCGUCCUCCCCCUCCUUCUUGACCAAUUCCUAAUCGCCUCCUCUCAUCCAUCACUCCGGGCAGGCUAAGACAGCGAACGCAGCCCUGCAGUGGAACAAAGUCUCUUCAGCUGUGAUUCGACGGAGCUCUGUGCCCUCCCGGGCACCCCCGGACACGUUCUCGGACCCAAAGCUGGUCAAUCGGGGGACUCUGAAAGCAGACAUCACUGACUGAUGAACACUGAGACGCUGUUUCAAUCUCAAAUCACAGCCUCUUUUCUUGUUUGGUUCUCGUGGAGGUGGUGUUCUGCCAGUUGAGAACAGGUUGUCAUUUGAGGGCCCCGCCGACUCUCUGUUGUCACUUUAUGGCCCUGUUAAGUAUUCCAAAUAGCACCGCUACAAAACUGUGUUGACCUCAUCAUUCACUUGACAAUCUGUACCGUCCAUUGUAACACAUCAGAAACCUGCACUUUAGCUAAUCAAGACACUUUCAUUUUGAGCUCCUUCUUGCUAUUUUUGCUUUUCAGUAGUUUUUUUUCUCAGUUUUCUUUAAACAGAUCUUUUUAUUCUACGUCUGUCUAUUGCUGUAAAAGAAAUGUGGUGAAUAACGUGGUCACCAAAGCUAGAGUCACUAACUGAGAAUAAGUACCAAGACGGAUCUGUUCGUGCUUGCCGGUUAAUGUGUGUGUACUAAAUUGCCAACUUGUGAAGGUGCUCAUCUGGAAAUUAUUCUUAUAAACUGUGAUAAGGUCUACAGUAUGAGACACACUUUGACUUGUGUCUGGGACCAAAUUCUUAGCAAACCCUGUCGGCCCUGUACAGAAAGAACUUGUUUAAGAAAGGGGAGCAAGUACCAGGAUCCAAUCAGAGAGGGAGAACCAGCACAAAGGUUUUCUAAAUGUCCAGCCCCAGAUACAGAGGUAGCCUCCUAGAAGACCUGUGUUUGUGAUGACUGCUGGAUCUAAAGAUCAUGUAGCUCUGUAACAAGUGGUGAAACAUCUCCCUCAAAAAUCUACUGUUACGGUAACUUCCUCUACAUCACCGUCCUUUGUGCUCAAGACAGUGGCGAUCUUUGUCAAACCUGUAUGUCAGAACAAAUGGAGGAACAGAAUUGCACUGUAUCAGAGUUGUCUAAGUUAGACGUGAUACUUUCAUCAAACAAUAACGUCAGAUGUUACUUGCAUAGCUUUGUGACACUAACUGUAGACAUUUGCACCCGAAUAAGAAGAAACCUGACUUGCUAGUAUCUGAACAAUGCAAGUAGGCUAUACGUGUUCUAUGUGAAGCGACACUGACUGUUGUAUGGUGCAGGCACAGAUGUAUGAAGGAGCGCCAGAUCCAUGUUCAGAUCCAGCUUGUAAAAACAGCAGCUGCAGAGCCAGUGUCUAACACCAAUCAGCUCCGGCCCGCACAUGUUUUUUGUUAAACCAGUUUUACUGUAUCUCAAAUAAUCCAAACUGCAAUUCACCUUACAGACAUUUGGCUCUCUUCUGGGAGAAAUCUAGCUGCGUAUGAUUCUUAAAUUAUUUGGAUUCAGAUAAACGAACUAAAGAGGCCAUGGGAUGAUGAGAUUUGUAUGAUGUGUCUGCCCUCUGGUGGCUACUUGGGGGUGUUGCAGUGGUGGUACGCAUCAGAAAAUUAAAUUCACACAUGAAGGUGAAACAGUAUUGGGAAGGUGUUAGCAUCUAAUUAAAUUAGAAAUCAAAAUGGCGAUUAGUGGUUAAAUCUGCAGAUAUCCAUGAACUACCUGAGCUGCUUUGGUCAAAUGGUGUAAUUUCAUUAUUAUGUAAAACCAGUUCUCGUCCCAAGACUUCAUCUGAAUGAUGGUCAUGAGUGAAGUAGGAGGUGUUGCUGUGUGCUUACAGUAUGCGUGUAGUUAAUCCAGGAAAUGCACAUUACAGUAUUAACCAAAGGCACAGAGAGCUCUUUACAGGUGCCUUAUUCUUUGGUCAUCUUUACCGAAGUAUUUUUAGGCUGAAAUAGUUUCUCCUGAAAGAAUUAGAAGAAAAGCCAUACAUGUUUUAGAUAUUUUGAAAAAAAUAUGACUCUCUCGGUAUAUUACUUUAUGGUCUGUGCUGCAGUUUUGAGUUAACAUGGUGAGUCAGUGUUAAUAGUUUAGCCAUGAUGGUCCGGACAUUUUAUCCUUUCUGUUUUGUACAACUCUGUGGUUUUUAAAAGACUGAAUCAGGUGAUGUUGGAGCAGAUGUGAAUUCCACUAUUGGUUUGUCAAUCAUCAUUUCAGUUCACUUCAAAUAGAGAGAGCUGAUCAGGUCCAUGUUAAAUGCAUUUAUAAGAUGUAGUCAUUUCAUUGAUGACCAAGGUCUUAAUCAACGCCUUAAUCUUGUCACAUCUCAGUGUUUAGGUCUGCUAUUGUUGCAAUACACUGUAAACUACCUAAUGUACCUGCUGUUCCUGUAAAUACUCAACCAAUUUUUUUUUUUGCUUUGCAUUUUACAUAAUUUGCUUAUGUAACUUUUUUUGGCUGUUAUAUGUUGCAGGGAUGAUUUCCAAAAUCUAUAAAACAAGAUUUUAAUGUUUUUACAGUGACUUGAAAUGAGUGUUUCAUGACAUGACGCUGUCACUGAUCAGAAGAUAUUUUUGCUAGACGAUAACGAAAGAUUUCUAUUCAAAAAGAUAAUUUAAAUAUUUCAGAUUUACAAGUCAAACAUGCCUUUUUCUGUGAGCAGCAAUGACUGGAAUGUGAUGAUAUGAAUUAAUCAGAUGACCAAUCGCUUAAUGCCUCGCUUUGAGUCUGAGGCAGAACCAGAUUGUAUAACUGCUUGUUAUAUAAUAAGCCUUCAUCACUUACAGUGAUUUCUAUUUCCUCUCUUUCACCUCUGACGCUGAUGGCCGUGGCUGCAGACGUGCCAAUCCGGUGUCAUUUUGUAUAAUUUAUAAACAGAACAAUAAUUAGAAACUGAUGUUGUAUUCAGUAUAAAUUAUUUUUCAACGAAACAAAUUAUUAUUGGCCAUGAGAACUGUAAUGUGUUUUGAAAGAUUGUAUUGCCUCAUGCAUAGUGGAAAAAAAGCUUUCCAUCAGUCACUUAAAAUGUUUGUUAAAAAAUUUAGUUUGCGCUCUGAAUUUUGAUGUCUUAUUUUGCUGUUCUGUCAAACACAAAUGUAUUGUGAGAGACAAUUAAAAAAUUCUUUAAAUAUGAA